AUGAUAUCUAGAAUAUUCCAACACGUCCUAGCCAAGGAUACGAAACUUGACUUUCCUCUCGAGCCAGGCCACGAGCAGAACCUUGCAAGGCUGGUCAAUGAGGCGGAUCCCGCCACCUUUGGCUUGCAUGGAAAGGACGUCCUCGAUGAGAGCUUCCGCAAGGCCUCCAAGUUGGAUCCCAGCCAGUUUUCCACGUCUUUCAAUCCUUAUGAGUUGGGGAUUAUAGACACCGUUGCUCAAGCUCUACUCCCUAGUACGAAGGCGGCGGAUAGUUACCGAGCUGUCAGGGCGGAGCUGUACAAGCUCAAUAUAUACUCUGGACCUUCGGGUAAAUUCAAAGCGCAUCUUGAUACUCCGCGAUCCAACACUCAAUUCGGCUCUCUUGUCGUCUGCCUGCCUGUCCAGCACGAGGGUGGAAAGCUCGUCGCUCGGCACAAGGGCAAAGAAAUGGCUUUCGACUGGGGAAAUAGCACCCAAAGCAUCCAAUUUGCAGCUUUCUACUCCGAUGUGGAGCAUGAGGUCCUCGAGGUCCACUCUGGCCAUCGGGUGACGCUGACCUACAAUCUGUACGCCGUGCGAGGUAAUGGGUUGCUCACCGGGCACUGCCCCACGCUUGAUGCCAAGCAACUUCCGCUGUAUCAGUCCGCAUGCGAGAUGUUGGGGUGCCAGAAGUUCAUGAGCGAGGGAGGCUAUCUCGGUUUCUUCUGCGCCCACGCCUACGCGCAUACCAACACCCAAACGACUAAAUUUCCCGACAUGCUCAAGGGCAUCGACAUGGCCAUCUGGGAGACAUUUACUGCUCUCGGCUUAGAGACUAUGGUCCGACCAGUUAUUGACUUCGAAAAUAAUGUCAACUACUACGACUUUGAUGACGAUGAAUCGGAAGAUAGUGAACCUAGUGACAACAAAUUAGUUCCGGCAGAGAAGCGCAUCAUUGGCUCUGCACUUUCAGACAUGUACUACGGUGGCUCGACAGAAUGGGACGAUGAUGUACUGGAAGGUUUCGCGGACGAGGUGUUGGGUAACGUACCCGUGCAUUGGCUGACAGACCCUGGAAAUGAGGAGCUACAGGUGAACUUCAUUGCUGUGAUUGGAGGAGGCAUUGUCGGCAGCGUCGGUGCGCUCAUCUUCCAAAGGCGAUGGAGGGCCAGCAAGGCAAAGAAGACCAAUUACACCAACUCACUCGUCGUCAUGGAACGCAUGAGCGACGACGACCAGGGUGCGAAUAAGCUUCUGCACACCUGGGUCUGCAUCUGA